AUGGCCUAUGCCGUGCAUCGGCGCCUCAUUGCGGCGGCCGUAGCGCUUGUUGCCGUGCAGUUGGAGCAAACAUUGGCCACGUCGCUGUAUUACGACCCCGUGACGACCGCCAACACGACGGACGAGAUCAGCAGUAAGUUUCCAGGCCGGGGGGCCCAAGUGAAUGACGAGGACUGCACCAUCGCGGUCGAGGUGGACCCGACCUUACCUGAUCUCUCGACCAUCUCGAAAGUCCCCGUGGUCUACAUGGACCUGCUGGCCAACAUGACGACGGCACCAAUGGAAGCCAUAUCUUCAAUGAUGGGCACUGCUGUCCUGUUUGAAGCGAUCCCAGCGACCGAAGCUGACCAAGAUGUGUACACGACGACGACGACGACGACUUCAACGAUAUCCGAUGUACCACUCAACAGGAAGAACAUCGGCAUCCCUACCACGACCGCCGUAACCACCGAAAAUGAAGCGACUGAAGACGAGCUCAACUGUGCGACCGGAUGGGACAACUCGAGCCGCAUUCUGCGUGACGCACCGGCCGCUUCUCGCCGCCCGUCGGUGGAAAAAAGUGCGACCAAACGACGUCUGGAAGCCAAUGCGAACCAGGACAUUGCCAAACUCGAGGCCUAUUUCGGCACGGCAAUGGAAAUGGAGCUCGCGCGGUUACCGUCAAUGGGUGUCGUCUCACCUUCGCCGUGGCCUGGUCCGUACUGGCCGACGUACCAAGACGGCAUCAACGUCGUCUGGAGCCCUGGCCAGCCAAGUGCGGCGGAGAAAUACGCCACGGCGUUUGGCCUACAUGUCCGUGACUUUAUGGACAGAGUCUCGGCCGACAACGGCGUCGACUCGAUGCACCAGCACCCCAAGUGCUCGUCGGACAGCGACUGCUCAUCGCGCUCGGACGGGAGCGUUUGCGGCAAACGGGUGGGGAAGAUCACCGGGUACUGCAUUCCGACAUGGUUUGGCAUCUGCCACGCCUGGGCACCUGCUGCGACGAUCGAAGAGGAACCGCAGUGCCCCGUGACACACAAUGGCGUGACGUUCCAGCCACUCGACAUCAAAGCUCUGAUCUCGGACGUCUACGAUGGCGCGGCGGUGCCCACGGUCUUUACGGGUACUCGGUACAAUGGCGGUCGCGACUCAAAGGACGCGUACGGCCGUCACUUGAAUGACGCCUACCGCGACUUGAACCCAGCCUACUUCCACAUUGCGGCUGCUAAUAUCUUGGGCAAACUCAAUCACACGUUCGUUGCGGACGUCACAGCUGGAGCAGAGGUGUGGAACCAGCCUGUGCGUGGUUUCAAAGUGUACGAACAGACGGCAAUGUCCACGAAAGAAGCUGCCCGCACGUUCUACGGCCUGAAGAAGUACCCGUGGAACGCUGCGGCCAAGAGCAUCGUGUACAUCAAGAUGCGUCUGUCGUGGAUCUACGAGACGUACGAAGACGGUGGUCUCGUGUCGUCGGGCCGAGUGAGCCAGUACACGACGGGUGUCUACUACACGUACCUGCUUGAGCUGGAUCGCAGCGGAAAGAUCAUUGGUGGCGAGUGGGUCUACGACUCGGACAGCAUCCACCCCGACUUUCUUUGGCUCCCCAAAUCCAAGCCAGCUCUUGACGCUGUGACCAGCACGGGGCUGAAAUACGCUGAUGUGGUCAUGCUGCUCAAGAAGUCGGUAGCGUGCUCUGAUGCCCUCUCCGGUUCUGCAUCCAACGGAUCAGCUGAGGCGUCGCCCUCGACGGCUGCUGAAUCUGAUGAUGCAGUGGCUUCGGAAUCUACCAGUUCGUCUGGCUCAUUGGCGUCCGACUUGACCUCUACUCCGGCAUCUGCUGCGAGUCCGUCUUCGAGCUCAGCUGACGUACCUCGUGAUUGA